AUGGAAAAACUGAAUCCAAAACAGAGGAGUCUGUACGACUUCGGGAGGAAGCCCUGCAAGGUUCUGUACCGCCCACAGGUCUAUGACAACACUAUCCUAAACAAGCUGUACUCUGAAAAGGCGAGUAAAGAUGAAGGCUUACAGGCUUCUAUUCGGUGGUACAAAGAACGGUUCCAGUUCAAGCCAACUAUUAAUAAAUAACAUUAAGAUUCAAGCUAACAGGAAUUUUGAGCAAACAGAAGCCUCUUUUGGUGCUAACUUAAAAGAAGAGAAUUCGGAAGGAAGUUCUCUUUUUGGGAUAAAUAAUAAACUUGCGAAAACUUCUGAGAAGAGAUCAAGAUUAAAAAGUCCUCAGUUAAGAAUCAGAUCCCAGCUGCAAGACCCAGCUAGGUUCAGGCAAAGCCAAGGAAGAUUUGCAAGCAACAGUAGGCCUGAAAGAGCCAAAAGCUGUAGAAGGAGAAGAAAUCAAGUUAAGACAAUCGAUGUGAACCUCCUCAAUGACUCUACACUUAAUGAUUGAGUCCUUAAGUCUAACCCCAAGAUUUUGUUAAGUGAAUGAUUUGAUAGAUUUUAAUAAGCUGAAAUUGACAAGGAUUAAGAGAAUGAAGAAAGCUAGAUUACAUCGUAGACAUCAUAAGAAGAAAUCAAUGCAUCCUCCCAAAGAUUUUGUCUUCAGAGAUGAUCCCUAUAAACCUAAAAAGAAGAUUAAGAAGUACAGGAAAAAGGUAUUUGUGUUGAAUUAUAAGCAUAAUCAAUACUUCAACUUCAAUGGAUCCGUAAAGGAUUUAUCCAGAAAGUACAAGUCUCGUAGCAGGGGUCGGAAUGAUGGCAUGAGCCCAUCAGAAAGCUCAAGGCCUUGGUCGCCUCAGACACGAGUAAUCCAACACACUGAGUUAUUAUAAUUCAGCAUUUUAUUUCUAGUAAA